AUGGCGCCUUGGGAAGAGUUCGAUAUUGCGUUUGCCUUCAAGCGGGAUAUUUCUUACGAUCACAAGCUCGUUGACCAAAUAAUCUCUAAUCGACGGGUGCUUGAUCACGUCCUAUUCGUCGACCGGCUUUUGAAAAUACUCGGGAUUGAAGCGGCAUCAAAGAUAUACCCCCCGAGAUCUAACCAAAGCUUGCGGUCCCUCUUCCAGCAAAUUGUCUCGUCGUCUUCGCCCAAUCACCACAAACAAUCCUUGAUCUACUACAUUUUGAAAGACUGCCGAGGAGCUACCGAUAAGUCAGGCGCUUUGCAGUUUGCUAGGACAUGUUAUCUACCGGAUAAGUACAGACUAUUUAUUGACGGGCUAUGGUACCUCGAUAAGCUAGAGUUUCGACGCGCCCUGGAGUAUAUUACAGAGCCGUCUCUAAUACCCACCUUCUCCGAUGAGAUUCUCUAUGUCCUCUCAGCCUCAUCGAAGCAAGACGAUGGUCUUGCUAUAGCCUACUAUGUAACCGUUCAGCCCCCGCUAGCUUCCCAGAAAGCUCUCAAUGCGUAUUUCGGAUCGCUAUGUCGAACUGGUGUCCCGGAAGCGUUUUAUUUCUUAAGACAACAGCCCGAAGAGAAUAGUUCGUCGCUAUUAGAACAACUCAUAACCUUUGUUCUUUCCACAAAAGCCGGAGAGUUAAGGGCAAAACGUGCCAUGGAUCUCAUAAACUUGCCGUUCAGCGAGACCGAAGAAGAGUGCUUCAAUGACUUACUUUUACGCGGUAAUGCAAAAAACCUGCACGGUGCUCGGGACACGGUCAUGAUGAGACGGGUUGCUACUGGGCGAGUGGAAAAUUUGGACAGUGAACUGGAGUCACUUGGAGGGCGCAGGCUGGAGGGCCUUAACUGGGAUGAUCUGAAGAGAAACCUCAAGUCUACCAAUUCUGUGGAAGCUUGA